GGUGCUCCCUCCUUCACACAAAACACUCUCUGGUCUGCUGGUUAUUUUAGCACCUCAAAAUUUCAACUCAUACAGAGAGAUAGAGAAGAGACUAAAAUUAUAGCAAUUGAAUUGAAUUGAUGUGAAGACUUGUUGACUAUUGAUAGAUCAACGGCUGCAAGGGUGCAAGGGAUGAGGAGUUUAAUUAGAGUAGCCUCUGCUUCAGAAUAGAGAAAGGAUUUUCAUUUCAAAAUUUAAAUUGACAGUUCUUCCCUAUCAAGCCAUUAUUCUCUGGUUUCCAGCAUGGGCGUCUCAGGAAAAUGGAUUAGGGCAUUGGUUGGUUUUAAAAAGUCAGAAAAGUCACCAUCUUCGGAAAUGGAUGAAAAUAGGGCAGCAACUAGCAAGUUUCAGCAUUGUAGAAGGCACUCAGUGGAGAUUGAUACUGAUAAUCUUCAAGAUGAAUCUGAUCAGAAUGCUGCUCCACAAGUUGGAGAUGCUGGUACAAAUGCAAUUGCAGGGCCUGCUGGCUCUCCUUCAGAUUCACUGCAAGUACAAAAUAUAGUUCACGAUCAACAAAACUUGAGAGAAGUAUGGGCUGCAACACGCAUCCAUACAGCAUUUCGUGGAUUUCUGGCUAAAAGAGCUUUGCGAGCAUUGAAAGGGUUAGUGAGACUUCAAGCCCUUGUCAGAGGUCAUGCAGUGAGAAAACAAGCUGCAAUAACUCUUCGCUGCAUGCAAGCUUUAGUAAGAGUUCAGGCCCGUGUCCGGGCAAGGCGUGUUCGAUUGGCAUUGGAAAGUCAAACAGCACAACAGAAACUUCAGCAACAACUUGCAAAUGAGGCUUGUGUUCGAGAAAUAGAGGGAGGAUGGUGUGACAGUGUAGGUUCAGUUGAACAAAUUCAAGCCAAGUUGCUCAAGAGGCAGGAGGCUGCUGCUAAGCGAGAGAGAGCCAUGGCUUAUGCUCUUGCUCAUCAGUGGCAGGCAGGAUCAAGACAGCAGUCUGCUCCUUCUGGAUUUGAACCAGAUGGAAGCAGCUGGGGAUGGAACUGGUUGGAGAGAUGGAUGGCUGUCCGUCCUUGGGAAAACCGCUUUCUUGACAUGAAUCUUAAAGAUGGAGUAAUGAUAUGUGAGAAUGAGUCAGCUGAGACUAACAAUGGCUCCAAAUCUCAGAUAAAAUCUUCUGGCAAGAAACCACUUUCAUCAAAUCUUCACUCCAACCUGUCAAGUCAGAAAACAGGUCCAUCUCAGUCUGAUGGGAGUAGUUCUUCCCCUGGUAUUUCACAAAGCAUGCUUGAGGCAUCCACUGCACAGAUUGCCAAGCCUAAGUCCAAACCACCUCUUGAAGAUCUAAUUGUAGAAGGCAACUCAAGGCCUGCUGGCAUUGGUGCCAGAUCCCAUAGCAAUCCAAAAGAGAGAUCAACACAAUCAGAUAAACCAGGAAAGAAGCGCUUGUCUCUUCCUAACAAUGCCAGGGCUCAUGGGACUCAGGUAACCAGGGUUGGAGGAACGGCUGCUAAAGUGACACCGGGCUCGCAUAAACCCAUCAAUAAUAAAUCCAAGAUUAAUGGAAAAGGGGAUUCAAAACCUACCAGAUCUAUUCCAGUUUCUGUUGAUCUAUAGCUAUAAGAAUUCAAUGGAAGGAGCAAAUCCAUUCAGGUACUCCUGUUUCCUUAUGUAUAUAUAGAGUCAUGUUACACGGAGAUGAAAUCACGAUGCAUAUUUUCUGUUCGAGAUAUUGGCUGUUUUACUGGAAGAGUUGGUUUCAGUGUGGCAGGGUCAAGGAGAGUGACCAAGCGCAUACAAUGUGACUUGUAUUCAUCUUUCAUUUAUGUUGUUAAUUACGUGAUCACAUAUUAUUUAUCUUCAAAUGUCCGAAUUCUAGAGCAGCUGUUGUUCUGAGAUUAAUUUCUUCCCGGGCUUUCUUUUCUCCAUUCAUGGCUUCUCCACAGGCAUGUAUUUGUUCUUGUGAUGGGAUGAUGCAUGUGGUGGAUGAGGUUUAAGGAAUGGUGAAAGAAUUCUGGGUGAGGGAAAUUUUUAUUCAGUAAUCGCCAGUGUCUAGUGGUUUGGACUAUGUACACGUUAGUGUAUUUUUUGUUUUGUUUAAUUCUUUGAGUUCUUUUUAAAAUCUUUUUGGGGGUGCGAAAUUCUUUACAAGUUUGAAGAAAUCAUACUCAUUUAGAUUCAGUGGAUUAAUGGUUUCCUAAUUAUAUUUAAUUUUGUUUCAUUUUUCUUCUCUA